AUGGCAGUCUCUCCGGGUCUCUCCACUCCAGAUCUCUCUACCCCGCCCCUUACGUCUCCUUCCUACAAGCUUGAAGUAACUGCGUACCCCGAGGCCAAAGACGCACUUUCCAACGGCUUAUUGCGUCUACGAACGGAUCAUGUCAGCGGAGCGAAAGACCUCGCUACGAGGGCUAUAUUUUCACUCGUGCACAUUGCUGAAAUUAUCGGGGAGAGGCUUAUUGAAGAGAUAAGGCAGGAUGAGGAAGAGGCGCGCGGCGGUAAAUUGCGCGGUUCGCCUUAUUCGGCGGUGGAGACGUGGUGGGAGUCGUGUCGGAAGGCUGGGUGGAUUCUUGCUAAAUAUGGCCGGCCGAGCAUGAAUGCAGCGAUUACCGGUGCAAUUGUCAAGGCGCUGGAUAGAGAGAGGCUAGGGCUUGCUGAGCUGGACGAGGAGGUAGUCUCCGAUCGAUAUGGAAAAUGUGGGGUGGUGAGGAAAGCGUCCCGAGCGGAUGGUGGCGAGGGAGAGCAGGUUGAAGAUGAAGAAAGGUGUAUUAGGAUCGCAGUUGAGAGAAUGCAUGCGUAUCUGAUGGAAAGAUAUCACAAUGCCACAAGGACGCUGAUUGGGGCGGGGUUACGGCAGUUUUUAUAUGAGAAGGGAACUGUCGAGGGCGAGAGACGGGUGGUGAAAAUAUUGACCCUAAGUUCCAGUGCAACGGUUAUGAAUGCAUUGGCAACGGUGUUGGAGACGGAGAGAAAAGUGGGCGGGGAUGGUGGGUUGAAGAUUCUGUUGAAGGUCAUGGAGUCUCGACCGCUCUGCGAAGGUGUAGACUUCGCCAAAGACCUUGUCCAGGGCGCAGAGGCCGUCGGGGCCACGGAUCGGCUGCGUAUAGAGAUUGCGUCAGAUGCCAGCGUUGCGAUCCUAGCGAAGGGCGUGGAUGUCGUUCUACUGGGAGCUGAUCGAAUAUCUGAUAGCGGGGAUGUGAGUAACAAGACUGGUAGUUUACCUGCCGUGCUUUGUGCGAAAGCGGUGUCGGAUAACGUGGCUAUUGUCGUAGUGUCCGAUCUCGAUAAAAUCUCCAAGCCAGGGGCAAUGGAGGCGUAUAGAGAGGAAGAGAACGACCCUAAAGAGUUGGAACGUGGAUGGGACCACCAUCACGCCCACGGAAGCAUAAAGUCGAACCUAUGGCGCAUCAUGGUGGAGACUCGAAACGUGUACUUCGAGUGGGUCCCUGCCAGAUAUAUCGAUCAUUAUAUCUGUGAGACGGGUAUCCUUGAUCUCAGCAGCAUUAGAGAACAAUCCGAAAAAGUGUUCCAUGCGGAGAGACAAUUGUUUGGCUGUUUCCCCUGA